UCAAAACUGAAAGGAUAUCCACUAUGUUCUCAGUCCAGUGGGUCCUCUACGUGACGGACGCGUUUGCUCUUCAUAAAUUGCGAUCGUCGAUAGCCGUUGCGCUUACGGGGCGGCUCUAACUGAAGACUCAUGAGAUAGCUCUGUGGUUGGAUUUCAUUCCUGAAGUCGUUUGCACCACAGCUUUCACCUCUAUGUGUUUUUCCAUAAUUUCCAUAAUCACAGACGAUUCCCCGAUGAAGAAGAAUUUCCUAAUGCAGGAGGUAUAAUCUCGACAAGAAGUCACCUUGUUUGCUUUGAUGCCGUGAUCGCGCAUGGGGUAUUCUAUAGUUCAAUCCAUGUGAAUAGGCCACAACAAAGCGACGGAUUCGAAGUUUCUUCUCGUCAUUGGCCAUUGUCCCUGCGUACACCAAAGCUUGCUGGACCUCGUCCACCCUCCCUAUUAAAGCGUUCUCAUGAAUCUCUAAAUACGGCCACUGCAUGAUACCCUCUCCCCCCUCGCUCCUUUCCUCGGACAAUACCGUAUUUGCUCCGUUAUCUUCUACGCCAGUCAUGGAUUCUAACAGCGCCUGGAGUGAGGAAGACGUUCAUUCGUCUAAUCUAACCUCUGGUGAAUUUGAUUGGGACAUCACGAGGACAUGGUUAACUGACGACGACAUAAAUUUGCUCAAUUAUGCCAUUGAUGAAUCUCUCGUUCCUAGGAAUCUUUUUCAAGAGUUCGAGAGCGCACUCGACGCGUUAUCGUCGAUGCCACCAUUCGAUCCUCAAGUCAUUGAGCCAUCAUCAAGUCUAUCUGAGAAUAAGGUUCCCGAACUCCGACAGACAUGUAACCUAGAGACGGAUGACGAGAACAUUAUAAACACGGAUCUGGUAUUACCAUCUUGUACAGGAAAUCGCAUCGGUCAUCGAGGAGGAGCUGCUCAGAUGUCCGGCCCACAAAGCUACUUCUAUUCGAACCAGCUUCCACACGAUGAUAGCUCCGCAUCACUGGUUGAGCAUCCUAGCGCGCACUGCGUGGCAUGGAUUAACAACUCUGACGAACGCAGACCUUCUCUAGACUCCAAAGCUGCUCACUUUGACAACAGAGGUGAUAUCUCUCUAUGCUACGACCCAGCAAGAUUCCAGACGGGCAUGAAGAACCCACAUCCCUACUCAAGUUAUUCGUUCCAUGGUACCAAUCAGACGACCUUCUACGAUAUUCACGGCUAUCCGCCGUCACUGCCACAUUACGCUGUGCCAAACCCCGUCGGAUCGUCCGCUUCGUUCUUUCGAGAUCAGAGAUUUCUUCAUCCGAUUAGUGUUCGCUAUCAUCCGUACGAUAGCGGUCGUGCCUCUCAGCAAGCGUCACAUACUCUCGGAGAUAUCGAAACGAAACCAGAACAUCCUCUCUCUUCGUCCUCCUCUUCGAGAUCUGACGACGACGCUUAUGCUUCGGCGGCAUCAUCCUCUGUUUCUCCCUCUUCCGAGUAUUCCGUAGACAAUGAUCAGUUGAUCCAACCGUGUCCUGCAGGCUUUCAUAGAGCCGAAUUCGACCCAAGACAUCAAGAGGAUUUGGCGGAAAAACUGAACCUUCCAAUCAAUAAAGUCUUCUACUACGAAAAUUUCCAGGACGAGACCAUUCACAAAUGCCCUCUUGGGUGCGGCACCGAAUUCCCUGGAUAUACGAUCCGUGAACAUAUAAAGAACUUUCACAAAGGAAUGUACAAUGGCCCACAAGUUCAGUGCGACCGAAGCCUUCUACCAGAAGAGUCCGAUAUAAAAUGCUCGGGGGAGAAGAUGUCAGCCCAGUCUUUUGCGCACCACUUUGAAGACGUGCAUUGCCGUCGUUCAGCGCUGUGCGUGUACUGUUUGGUGCUACAGACCCGCAGGUGCAACCUGCCCCGUCACUUCCGGCGGUGCAGCGCUUUGCAUCCCGAGCGUAAUACUAGAAGGGUACAACCUGUGAUACGUCGAUCUACACCAAAAACUUCGUCUAAGAAGCGUCGUUAAGCAUCUCAGCAGCAUGAUACGGCCACGUCUAGCUUCACUAUAAAAAUAAUGACAUACACUACGAUCAAUAUAAUAAUCAUGAUUCCUUUCACCUUACAGAUUGCAAUCGAACUUUUCGG